CAAACGGUUAAAAGAAUAAAAGAAAUGAAAAUUUUGAGUUCUGUAAAAAAUAAAAAGAAUAUAAUGACUAUACAUUGAAAUUAAUAGUUAAAAGUGUAAAAACGUAAACAAUGGGUGGCAAUAGUUCGAAACCAUCAAUAAUAUCAUAUGAAGAAGCUGUCAAAAGAAUAUCGGAUGUGGAAUGUCGACGAAUAAAAGAAGCUUUCAAACGGUCAGCUGGUGCAAAUGGAAGUUUGUUAAGCAAGAAUGCUUUUGUGCAGGAAGUGUUGUGUGAAGGAACACCAUCAAAUAUUGCUGAAUGGUUGUUUCAAGCAUGCGGCGGUACAAGCAAAGGUAUCAACUUCAAAGACCUAAUAUCAGCUCUUGUACUUAUCACCAGAGGUACUCAAGAUGAAAAAAUUCGAUUUUUAUGGACGCUUUACUCCAAUGACUCAAGCACUCUAAUCAUCAAAAAUGAUUUUUACAAAGCACUUCAAAUCGAAGCAACAUACCAGAAUAAUUCGACAUCAAUAUCAUCAGAACCGCAUCGCGUUAAUCACAUCAACAAUAACAUCAACAACAACAAUGUUAGCUACAAUUAUUUAUCACUUUUCGGUAGCUCAUCGUCAGUGUCAUUUGAUCAAUUUCGUUCAUGGGUUUUGAUCCAUAAGAGCGCAACAGUAUUAUCGAAAUGGCUUCUUGUUGAUUCUUGCGUUAAUCUGAGCUCAGAUUUAGAGACGCCAACAUUCUAUCAGAGUCUCGCUGGCGUCACACAUCUGGAAGAGAGCGAAAUUUGUGACCUUGAGAAAGUAUUUUGGUAUCUUAAGAGCUGCGCUUUAAGUGGUCAAUUGGAUAUUGAAUCUUUAACGCCACUUCUCUCUCCUCCAUUGCCACAAGCUGCUCUAAUGGGAUUUUUUUCAGCAUUCGAUGAGAAUUGUGAUGGUCAUAUUGACUUUAAAGAACUUUGUUGCGGUGUCAGUUGUUCAUGUCGUGGUCCCGACGUUGAACGAACAAAAUUCUGCUUUAAAAUCUUUGACAACGAUCGUGAUGGAAUUUUAAACUCAGGAGAAGUCAAUCAAAUGAUCACAAUUAUGUUGAUAGUGGCCAAAGAAUGUUGCAUGACAAACUCUUAUAAGAACGUCACAUUUGAUCAAAUUAUCGAUGAUCUACGUAAAUUUCUAAAGCUAACAAAUAGCGAUGCAGAAUUUUCUAUAACACAAGAAGAUUUUCUCAUGUGGUGCGUGCAAAGUGCUUUGAACAUCAGUCAACCUUUCAUUGAUCUUGUGUUUGAAGUUUGUCACAUCGUCUUCGGCCUGCGACCACAAUGUAAGCAUCUUGAGUUUAAAAUUGUCAAAGGAUGGCUUGCGAGAGAAACGAGACGUGGUUAUGAAGUUGGACAGUUUUGGUAUUUAGUAUCAUCAGAAUGGUGGCAGAAUUGGCUUGUUUACACACAUAACAAUAAUCAUGUCACACCGUGCACUUAUUGUAAGUCUCUGACGACGCGUUCUAGUGAGAAUGCUGAUGAAGCAAUUUACGACGAAUGUUGUGCGUCUUCAACCGUUGAAUCAAAUGGAAACAUUACUGAAACUGGAGAUUCGUCGAGUUUAGGUAGUGGCAGUAGUGGAAUAUCAAUGGGACGUCAUUCAAGCAUUCCUGGACCAAUUGAUAAUUCAAUUCUCCUCGCAGCGAAUCCAUACAAAACUGUACCAACACUAACUGGUGAGGGUGGAAAAUUAAAGCGAGAAAUUCCUUUAGUUCAACAUCGUGAUUUUGAAUUAAUUCCGGAAGCUUUAUGGAAAGCACUUUCCCAAUGGUAUGGUGGCAAUUUAGCUUUACCUCGUCAAGUUGUCAAACCACCAAACACAGAAGAAAAGGAACUUGAACUUUAUCCAUUAAAUCUUAGAGUUUUAAGACAUCACCAACAACAACAGCAGCAACAACAACAUAAUCAAAUUUCUUCAUCAGCAGCAAGUACUUCAUCUUGGAACAGUAUUUCAGGUGGUUAUGGAGCUUUAGCGAAUGCAAGUUACUCAUCUACGUCCAACACAUCAAAUUCAUCGUCGUCAUUGCAGUCGCCGAAGAAAUAUCUCGCUUACAUCGCUGCUUUUUCACGUUUAGCAACAGUUAAGCAAGUUGCAGAAUUUCUUUGUGCACGUUUGAAAUUGAAGCAAGACACAAUUCGUUUAUGGCAUAUGGGACAGAACGGCGAUGCUCCUUACCUUCUAGAAGAUGAGUCUUUGACACUUGAAGGAUUAAAUUUUAUUGACAACGAUCAACUUUUGUUAGAAAUUCGUAAUAAAGAUUUAACAUGGCCAGAGGAACUUCGAGCAAUUUCAUCUCAGAAUCAUAUAAUAACACAAGAUCGUCGUGGAACAGUUGCAUCAGUGUCUAGUUUACAUACAUCUGGGGCAACUGGUUUGCACAAUCUCGGCAACACUUGCUUCAUGAAUUCAGCCCUUCAAGUUUUAUUCAACACUAAGCCAUUGACUGAAUAUUUUCGUCAGAACAUUCAUCUGUUUGAGUUAAAUACCAACAAUAAGAUGGGAACAAAAGGCCAUUUAGCAAUAAGAUAUGCGGAUUUAUUGAAGGAAAUUCUUUCAGCUCAGACACGAUCAAUUGCGCCAUUAAAGUUUAGAUUUUGUGUGAGUAAAUUUGCACCGCAAUUUUCUGGUGGUGGUCAACAUGAUUCGCAAGAACUUCUUGAUUGGUUACUCGACACUCUACAUGAAGAUUUAAAUCGUGUAAAUGAAAAGCCAUACAUUGAGGUUAAAGACUCCAAUGGUCGAAGUGAUCAAAUUGUAGCUGCUGAGUCGUGGGAAGCUACGUUAAGAAGAAACCGUAGUGUCAUCGUUGACUUGUUUUAUGGUCAAAUGAAGUCUAAAGUUACAUGUGAAACAUGCGGAAUGGAAAGUGUCAGAUUCGAUCCAUUUUCACUUCUCAGUUUACCAUUGCCAGUUGAGAACUAUACAUAUUGUGAGGUUCUCGUGACAAAACUUGAUGGAAGUUGCCCAGUAAAAUAUGGAAUUCGUCUUAAUAGCGAUUGCAAAUAUUGGGAUUUAAAGAACCAUUUAACACCGAUGUGUGGUAUUGAACCGAGAAGUAUUUUAUUAUGUCAACUUGAAGGAGCACAAGUCAAAUAUAUUUUAGCGAAUGAAAUGAAAAUUAAUUCCAACACUUCACAUUUACUUUAUGCUUAUGAGUUGCCGAAAACUGAACAUGAUCGAUCAAGAACUGGAUCAGAAAUUGGAAACAUUGAAAAAGGACUUAAAGAUAUUCAAAGGAGUCAAGCAGACCAACAACAAUUGACAUCAUUAUCAGUGACACCAUCGAGUUCAUCAACUGAGGAGAUCGGAUUGAAUCCGAAAAAGACUUCUAAAGAUAGCCAAACCGAGAAGGAUACAAUUGAUAUGCUUGGCACAAGUCCAAUGGGAACUUUCAUGGAGGCAACGGCGGGAACAUACAACAUGAAGACAAUUUCAACAACAAAUCUUUUAUCAACAUCAUUAAGUGAACUUCCGGCUAAUGGAGCGCCUGUACAUAACAAUAACAACAAUCACAUGAAUGGAAGAGUAAAUAACGGAUGCAAUAAUUGCAAUAUCAACAACCUUGACUAUGAUGAAGAUGACAUUUCGAUAACAUCGUCGCGUGACCAUAGAAGAUGCAUCAAUUAUGAAGGCCAAUGCGAUUAUUUAAUUGCAGUUCAUCGAAAAUUCACACGUCAAGAUACUUAUUUCUUAUCACAUCAUAAAACGAAGCCAUCACUUUUCGGUUGUCCACUGUUAAUUCCCCUUCAUGAAGGUGUUCAAAACAAAGACUUGUAUUGCAGUGUUUGGAUGCAAGUAUCGCGUUUAUUAAGUCCACUGCCUCCAUCAUCAACACAAAAUCAUGCUGAAGAUUGUGACGAUAGCUUAGGCUACGAUUUUCCGUUUACAUUACGAGCUGUUAAAGAGAAUGGACAAGUUUGCGCUCUUUGUCCGUGGGCGAGAUUUUGUCGUGGAUGUCAAAUUCCUUGUAAUGAUGAAAUGUUUUUACAUGGAAUCAUCACAUCAUCGUGUUGUUCAUCAAAUUCGUCGACACCAAAUCUAUCAGCACGUGAAGUCAUCAGUCUUAAUACUGUUAUAACUUCAAGUUCAGUGUAUAUAGCAAUUGAUUGGGACACGUCAGCACUUCAUUUACGAUACCAAAGCACGAGGGAAAAAAUAUUUCAAGAGCAUAGCUCACUUGCAGUUAUUCGACGUCAACAAACUGAACCUGUUGAUUUGGAUCAUUGUUUAAGAGCUUUUACAUCCGAAGAGAAGUUGGAACAAACUUAUUAUUGUUCACAUUGCAAGUCGAAACAACCAGCAACGAAGAAACUUCAAUUAUGGAAGUUGCCGCCAGUUUUGAUUGUUCAUUUGAAACGAUUCAACUUUAUGAAUAACAAAUGGGUGAAGUCACAAAAAGUUGUCAACUUUCCAUUCGAUAAUUUCGAUCCGACGCCAUAUUUAGCGAGUGUUCCACAAGAAACAAUUUUACGUCAUCGUGAACUUCUCGAACAGAAGACUAAGAACAUCAGAAAUCACGAUUGUGAUGAUGAAAUAACUGAGUUUGAUCUGGAGAACGACAUUCCAUUAAAUGAGAGUCGUGUUUGUGAUAUUAUUCAGGAGAAUGGAGAUGUGAUCAUUGCUGAGAGUAGUGAGCCGACUGAUGGAAAAUCACCAACCCGAACUCAUCCAAAUACCAGCAACAAUAGUAAGACAAAUCGAAGGAAACGUUUAGUGUCGACGAGUCUGACAAAAACUCCAAUUGUCGAUGGCGACUUAAAUGAUUUCAACAAUCACAGGUUGAAGCUUGGCGCUGAUCCACUUGACUUAAAAUACAAACUUUAUGCUGUUGUUUCACAUUCAGGAAUGCUCAAUGGUGGUCAUUACGUCGCUUAUGCUUUAAAUGCAAACAACAAAUCUUGGUAUUGCUACAACGAUUCAUCAUGCCGUGAAAUUAAUCAACAGCCAAACAUCGAUCCCAGUUCUGCUUAUCUUUUAUUCUAUGAACGUCAGAAUUUGGAUUAUUUACCAUAUCUGCCAAAAAUUGAGAACAAGCAACCGUUGUUGAAUGGUAAUGAAUUGUUGGAAGAAAGUGACAAUGAACUUAAGAAAGCUUGCGUCUUGUCGUGAAUUUAUUUAUGCUUCAAAUUAUUCAUUCAGUCAGUUACUCAUUCCUACGUUUUCACUUAUUGUCAUGUGUCAAAUUUAAAAAGUUGAAUUGAAAUAGAAAGAAAGAAAAAAAAAUUGAUUUCAAACUUGAACUCAUAAAGUGAUCAGGAAAAAUUCACUGCAAAGAUUUUUUUUCCAUGAAAUAUGAUAUUGAAAAAGAAGGAAGAAAGUUUAUCGUGUUUGUUAAAAUUCCGUUUUUGUUUUCUUAUUAUUAAUAUUAUUGAUGACUUCGGAUAGGGGUGACUUGACAACGACAGUAAUUUACGGAAAGAAAGUUAAAUAACGUCCCUGACUUUGAAGCUUUUCCUAUGGAAUAUUCGUUGAAAGUUUCUUCAAUUGAUGUGAAACCAUUAUGAUAAUUAUAAAUCGACUUUAAACAAUUAAAAAAAUGUAAACGAAAAUUCGAGGACAUUCAUUUGUUCUGUUUUGUUUAAUCGAAGAAAAAUCUUAAUAAUCGGUGCUUUUAAAUUGUUGAAAGUUGCAUGGCAAAAUAUAAACUGAUAAAGACAGACAAGAAGAAAUAUUUGUAGAUAGAAUAAGGAUAUCUAUGUUUUGUACCACCCCCGCAAUUUUUGAAUCACUUAAAAAUUCUUUUUCACUUUUUCUGUACAGUUUGUGCUAGUCAAGAAUCUAAAUCAGGAAGUAUUUGACUAAAAAUGCAAGCUGAAAAUCUUCUCACGAUUGUCCUUUUAUUUGUAUUUCCAUUCAUUGUUUUGUCACAAAUUGUGAUGCAAUAUCUACAUCAACAACAAUGUAAAAAACGAAAAUUUAGCAAUUGAUUAUUAUCAAACAUUCCAAUUUUAUUUUUCUUCAUUGAUUGGAUCAAAGAAAAAAACUUUCGCUUGCUAUUUAUAAAAAUUAAUUAAGAAAACCAUAAAGUGAUGAAGAAACAAGCAAAUAAAAUUAUGAACAAGAUUUAAAUUGCUUAAUCGAAAUGAAAUAUUUGUUAUUUCAACAAUCAAUAUGCUGCUGAUAAAAAAAGAAAAACAAAUAAAAUAAAAAUUAAAAAUCAAUC